AUGAGCAGCAGUGGCGGAGCUCCCGUGCCGGCAAGGCGAACUUUGCAUGCAGAGAAGCAAAGCGUGGGACCGUCGACUGGUCUGUUGAUUAAUGUCAUUCGAUCACUGACCACAAGUGUCUCAGAAGACCAGCGUGAAUUGGAGAAAUCUCGACUACAGAAGGGGUUUCAAGAAUCUGAGACAUUGAUAGAUAAACUGGUCAAAUCACAUCAGAAAGAUGUAGAAGAGUGUCUCGAUUCGUUUAGAGAUGUUUCAACGCGUAUAUCAGCAUGUCGCGAACGAAUUCACAACGUUCGGAAUGCUCUUCAUACUUGCAAGACGCAUCUUGAAUGUAGAAGAGACGACCUUAAGAAGUUAUGGCUCGAAAAUUCACAACAAAAACACAUCUGUGAGCUUAUGGCUCAACUGGAUGAGCUUAAGGAGGCUCCAUUAAAGAUAGAUGUUCUGGUGAAUCAAGGAAAUUAUACAGAUGCUGCCAAGAUAACGAGUACUUCACGUGAUCUUCUCAAUACUCGUCUUGCUAAAAUUGAAGGCCUCAGUCAGUUGAGAACUAUGAUUCGAGAUGCUUCAGAUCGGCUUACCGAAAAAAUCGUUGACCAAAUUGUAGACAUUCUCGUUGUGGAUCCGUUUGAGAGUCAUAUGUUCGAUCUUGUCCAAUCGAUGUCUGAGCAACGAGUGAUGGAGUCUGAACAGUGUUCUCGUCUUCAUGAAAAGGCAAGACGAGCUCGCUCCCUCGAUCCAGUAGAAUCGCGUCUCAAGCUGGUGGUAGCAGCUCUUUCUGAGCUUGGAGGCGGUUCUGUAGAUAUCGAUCGAGUAAUGACACUAUCAAGAGCACAGAUUGACAAGCAGGUUGCUGCUUCGGUUUCGUUAAUGAGGAUUCGGGCAUCGAUCGAUGAGAACUUAGCUGGAGAUCAGACUCAUUUGACUCAGUUGGUUCAGAUGAUCGUCUGCCAGUUGGAAUCAUCUCGUGCUGCCCAUAAGGUGCUUGAAAAGGUUUACUCGGAUCAAUCCGGAACGAACAUAAUGAAAUCGUACUGGGAAGGUGCCCAAAAUGCUGUUGAGGCUCUUGUGUCUGAUCAUCUGGACAUUACCCCACUGGCCGCCAAAGAGCCAAUUGACUCCAAGAAACCGCUGUUCCGGUUUGACUCGACAGCUUUUGCCAGCGGCACGUCGACGACGGAUCCGAGCAUGCAGAGCCCACUUGUCGUUUGCCGACCAUCUGCAUUCAACAUUGUGCCAAUGUUUCCUUGGCUGCGUAAAAUGAUGGAUGCCAUCGAAAAGGAGACUGGAGAAUCACCUUGUCAACUGAGGCGAUUCGUACAUUCUUUCGUUAUGGAGCUUUUCGUUGAAAGGGUCAAGGCAGGUUUAGCUGAUCGGAUUGAAAAUGCUCUGAGGAGGUCAGAUAAUACUCGGCCGAGAAGUAAUCUCAAUUCGAAAGUGUUACCAUCGUGCGAACGUGUUUUGGAACUUUGUCAAGAGGUUCACGGUCUCAUAGUCUCCAUGGAUUUGUAUGCGGACCGAUUUGCCGCCUUAUGGCUACUUGUUCUUACUGACUAUAAUAAAAAUGUUACGGAUAUGUAUGAAAGGACUACGAAAUCGUUGAGUGAAGUAGACGGUGUCGCUUCAAGGCGCAAAAUCAGCGCCGCGUGGGCAGCAGAUGAAGAUAUUUCUCGUUUACUUAUGAGCCUUCCUAACUGGUUAACGGCGGCCACAGAAGCCACUCCAAGUACUCCGAGCGUACCAAAUUUCGAAAGCGAAAAGGAUAUUCGCCAAAGGAACGAACGUGAGUCAGAGAUUUUGAUAGGGAAUCUAGCAACUCAAAAAAAGAUUGACCGAGCGGAGUUGCUAACUGAUAUGGGAGAUGUCCGAGCCCUUGCGGCGCUCCAUGAAAGUCUACGUUGGUUUGCUUGCGAGGUCCGUAAACUGAUAGCUACGCUCCCCCAACACGUCAAAGCAACGCUUCGGGGAUGCAUGGUACAAGUCCGCUUCAAAGAUGGACAGAUCACGGAUAACGAACCUGUUCUGGAAGCUAUGGAGGACUGCAUCAGCCGUUUGGACACAAUUUCAGACACAUGUCUGUUGAUGCUACAUCUUGAACUGCGCGUUCAUUGCUUUUUCCAUCUCCUUCCAUUAGCCAGACCUAGGAAUGUCAGCGUACACGAAGAGUUGGAUCCUGAGGUCGUCGAAUUGGGACGUGAUCUGCAAUCGUUCCAUCAAUUGCUAUCCUCUAUUCUUUCACAGCCGAAACUUCGCUAUAUUUUCGAUGGCUUGGGACAUCUUUGUGCAGCCAUUUUCAUUCACUCGAGCCAACAUAUGCCGCGUUUAUCAGAAGCAGGCAAAAAACGGGUGUGUCGCAAUAUCUGGGGUGUCCAGCAACGACUGUCGCAAAUCACUUCUCGACGAGAGGCGGAGCUCGACAGGGCGCGUGCCUUCUUUGAGCUUUUAGCGCAUGAACCAGACCGACUACUGGCUCAAUUACCUGAUCGUCGAUCGCAGUUCACUCCCGUUGAAAUGGGUCAUCUGGUUGCUUUGUCUGUUCGAUCACAUCCAACUCUUGCUAGUCAGCACGGUGCUCUGGAGCAACGACUAGCCCAGCUUUCUGCGCUUCUGAAGCAACCUGUUUAA